AUGGCGACGCCGCCCGCCCCGGAGAGCAUCUACAACCUGCUGCCCCGCCUGGAGGAGAGGCCGGCCCGGCCGCCCAGGUAUGUAUCAACUUUUAGACCAUCCAUCAAACGUGAAAUAGAGAAAAGUAAAUCUCAGUGGAAAACAAUGGGACCAGCAAAAGUUGAAGUGCCCUCUCCAAAAAACUUCCUGCAGAAACAUUCAAAGGAACCCAAGUUACCAGAGAGAAAAAAAGAACAGGAUAGUAAGAAAAUGCCUGCAUUAACAGUGCCACGGAGGACAGAUCACCCACUUAUGGGAAUUCAGAGUAAAAAGAAUUUUAUAAAUGCAAAUGCUGUUGCUGCUAUCAUGGGGUUGGCUAAAAAGCCUCAACCUAUUUACGUUGAUAGAAGACAGGGAGACAAACACCUGCUUGAAACUUCAGGGCUUGUUCCAAAAUAUAUUAAAAAAAAGGAUUAUGGUAUUGUACCAAAAUAUGUAACACAGAGAAACGAAGAAAUUAAGAGAGCUCAGAAAGAACAUGAGGCUUAUGUCCUGGAAUCUCUCAAAAAAAGAGCCAUGAAACGGUUGUCUGAUGAAGAGAGGGACAGUCUUCUGCAGGGUCUGAAAAAGAACUGGGAAGAGGUGUACCAUGAGUUCCAGUGUCUUUCUGUGGAUAUUGACACCAUACCCAAGAAGAUGCAUAAAGAAAAACUGGAAUCGCAGAUGAAACAACUGGAGCAUGACAUAGACGUCAUCGAAAAGCACAAAGUUAUCUACAUUGCAAAUGAGUAAGAACUACUAAGUAAGUGCUUACUAUGAGGAGGGACUCAUUUUCAAUUAUUGCCUCUUUCUUCCUUUUCUCUUUCUCUACCUCUGUCUUUGCAAAAAAAAAAAAUACUUAGAAGACAUUAAAACAACUUCUAUUAUUCAGAAGAAGAGAAUUCAGCUAAUACUAUUUAAAAAGUUGUUACAGAUAGCUAAUUCUUAUCUGUAUAAUUCCCAAAGUUUUUUUCAAAUAAAAUCCUUAACUUUCAGAAUAGAAACAAGAUUUUCAUGUUAUUCUUACUAAGCUAGUAUAGAUUAGUAGCUACUAGCUACUGAGUUUCCUAUGAACAUCAUAACUUAAGCAUAAAAACGUACAAUUUCUUAUGUUUGGAACACUUUUUCCAUUUAACAGACAAAACUAAGUGAACUGACUGGAGGCUGAAGAAAACUUGAGCUUUCUCAAGUGUUUUUUUAAGAAAAAAGAGCUUAAGGGAGGGAUUGCUACUGGCCUAACUAUUAAAGAGCUGAAGAGUUCAAGGAUUUUAAGCAAGUUUAAGGAUUUUAAGCAAUUCUAUUUCUAAGUGGGAAGUAUGGCUUCUA